AUGGCCGGAACAAAUCCGUGCUCCGCUAGGAAGCAUUGGUAUUCUAAGACUCUAGAGCUGGAUGUAUCCAAUAUAUUUAUGUUUAAGUCGCCAGCCAGGAUCAAAGAAUUAAACGCAGUGAAGAUAGUGAAAUUAGUAGUGCCAGAAAUUAUACAGUACGGUGUACAAGACGCCGUGAUCUUAGACUGUGAUUACACGUACGGAAACGACACGUCUGGGCUAGUGGUGAAGUGGUUCUUUAGGAACAAAGCUAGGCCGGUGUACCAAUGGAUUGUGUCACAGAAGCCGCAGGAUAUGGGUAUAUUGAGGGGUCGAGUCGAUUUAACGUACAGAGCAUCGAACGAUCCAUUAAAAAUGCACAGAGCACUCCGCAUAGUGAAACCGAACACAGACAUUUCUGGUGAUUACACUUGUGUCGUAUCCACUUUCAUGGAGGAAGACUCGAGGACCAAGCAAAUGGUUGUUUUUG